CUGGUAACUAAAGCAGCGUCUAUCGCACGAGCCCAGGCACGUACAGUAGGUACUACUGUACACGCUGAGCUGGAUGGAGAACUGACAAAUUCCACUGACUAUUCCUCUCGUUGAUCUAUCCCGCCUGAAACCUCGCGAAGUUUCCGACUGCGCUGAUUUUUGGUGGGCAGGCAGGCAGGCAGGCAGGCUGGCAGGAAAACAGGCGCUGAGCAGAGGCAGCAGCAGAGAGAGCCUUGUAGAGGCGAGUCCAAGAAAGGUGGAGACUCCGACUCCUGGCUAACUUCCUGCACUGUAAUCUUCAAGAGAGAGAACUCAGGAGGACUGGACCGCUUGCUGGGACUAGGACGGAUGGAUUUAAGGCUCGUUUAGCUUGUUUUUCGGCAGUAAUUCGACGCACCUCCUCUCCUCUGUGGCUGGUCGCUCCUACCCACCUGGACAGUAGCGCGUGAGCUGUGGGGAAGAUUCCCAACAUUUGAUUCUGCGGGGCGUUCCGAGAAACAGGAAUGGAGGUCUUAGUGGAGUACGAAUACGACGCGCUCCACGAUGACGAGCUGACCCUGCGGCCRGGUGACAUCAUCAAGAAUGUGCGCUACAUCGARGAGGAGGGCUGGAUGGAGGGGGACCUCAACGGGAAGAGAGGGGUCUUCCCAGACAACUUUGUUAAGGAGAUGAAAAAGGACCCCAAAGAGGUCAAGGAAACCAGAAAUGAGCCAAAGGAGGAGCCCAGCCAGCCUCAGGGCAGAGAGAGCAGUGUGGCCAACCUGGUCAAGAGGAUAAGCGUCAUCGGCAUCCCCACCGGGGGAUUCCAGCCCAUGCCUCCCGCAGCAUCAAAGAAGCCGAAGAGGAGACAGUGCAAGGUACAGUUUGAUUAUCAGCCGGUAAACGAAGAUGAACUGGAGCUGAAAGUCGGAGACGUCGUCGACAUCCUAGAAGAGGUUGAGGAGGGCUGGUGGAGCGGGAGUCUCAACGGCAGAUCUGGACUGUUUCCAUCCAACUUCGUCAAAGAGAUGGAGGCUGGAGGAGAAGAGGCAGAGGCCAACGACACAGCGGCUGACAAACCUGAUGGAAGUGGAACAGAACCAGCUGCCACUCCCACAUCUCCUCAGCCGGACUCGGGAAACGGAGCCACCCAUCAGCCCAGACGGAUCAUAGGCGUCGGUUUCGGAGACAUUUUCAAAGGUGGUCCGGUGAAACUAAGAACGCAGCCCAGCCCCAUCACAGAGGACAGGAAAGUMAAAGACCAAGAGAAAGACAAAGCUGGUCCGGCUCAGCCAGUCCCAUCAUUACCAUCAGCCGCAAAGCCUGCCCAUCCCAACAUGACUGACUCCCAGAGGGCGGAAGUAGACGGCAAGCACAAAGCUCCCACGGCGAAGGAGUUCUGUAAGGUCAAGUAUGCUUACGAUGGCAAGAACGAGGAUGAGCUGAGCCUCAAGGAAGGAGAGCUGGUCCACAUCCUAAGCAAGGACACGGGUGAGCCUGGGUGGUGGAGGGGGGAGGUCGGAGGCAGAGACGGGGUUUUCCCUAACAACUUUGUUAUGGUCGUUCCUGAAGCAGAGAAGGAGGCAGCACCAUCAAGGGGAUCUGUGAAAUCGCUGGCUAAGCCAGAGGUGGAGGAGAAACUUCCGAGGAAACCACCUCCACUAGCGUCCAAGCCAGAACCCCCCGCCGUGGAGAGGAAGUCUAUCAACAGACCAGAUGAGCGAGGUGACAAGCMCACUCCAGAGCCGAAACUCCAUAAACCUCCUGCACCAAACCCACCCAAGAAGCCGGUCCCCAUUCCACCCAAGAAGCCAGAGAAGCCCAUUGGUCCCUCAUUAAGUGUCAAGCACAACGGAGAGGUGCCUUCUAUGCGACCAAAGUUGGAUUUAGAGCCACCUUCKAUACGACCAAAGUCAGAGUCUGAGCCGCCUUCUAUACGACCAAAGUUGGAUUUAGAGCCAGUAUUGCCAACUAAACCCAAAACGCAGCCUGGAGAACGGGGGGACAAGCCUGCUGAUGCAGAAGAUCUGAUGAGUUUUGAUGAAUUGUCGUCUGCGUCAGAGAAGCUCUCCCACCUAACCACUUCCAGACCAAAGGUAACUGGCAGGAGGCUCCCUGGACAGUUUGCCGGAGGACAGUCGCCUACAAAGGAAGUGAGUGCUGAGAAAGUCUUCAAGGUCGAUGAGGAGGAAAGUGCCAAACCCAAGCCAACAGAACACAAAAAGCCUUCCAACCAGUCUCCGCCACUCCACCGGCCCGGUUACGCUGAACCCAAGCCAGGUCCAGCCGCCGCUGCAGGCUUGGACGUCAUCAUCUCCCAGAACAGCAGAGCCCAUCUGGAGAUGGUGGAGCAGAGCGCAAAGCAGGAUGAGCUGAAAAGCCAAAUAAAAGACCUGCUGCUGUCUGUGGAGCUCCUCAAAGCCCAGCAAAUGAAAGAGAUCACGGAGCUGCGGCGAGACCUGGAUGAGGAGCGAGUGAAGCGCGUGGCCCUGCAGAUCGAGGUAGAAAACCUAAAGAAGGCCAUCCAGUCAACGUGAAGUGUUGUGUCCCAUCAACAGCCAGCCUCAAGCUCAGCUGCCAGUCCGCCGAGGAUGAAGAAAAUGAGGAGGCGAUGGACUGGCAGCUGGACGAACGAAGAGAAGGUGGACAACACCACAAACCACCUUCUUCAGCAAUCUUCAAAAACAAACUCUUCCUAUAUUUGUACAACUUUUUGCACAUAUCUUUUUUUUUUUUUUUUCAAACUAGGUGUAAUUAAAUGACAGCUGUAUGUUUCUCUCUCUUUUGAAUUUUUGUUAAUUUGCCAACACAAAAAUAGAAAAAAAAACAAACAAAAAAAGAAAACGAGGCCUUACUUCAAACUACUGUGCUGGAUGGUUCAGCCUCUCCUGCUCUUCACUCGUCUCCGCGGCGACAAAGUUCGCUCUCAGUACUACUGACUCUGUACAAAGCAGGGGCUGCCUCUCCUCAUCUAACCUCCUUUCUCUUUGUUUUAUGCUGCACACAUAAUUCCAUUGUUCUUAAGUAAGAUUGCAUGAGAUGUUUGAUUUGAGUUAACAUCUUGGGAUUCGAAUGAUUUCUUCCUUCCAACGGCAGCUGCCUCUUUGUGGCUGUGGAGCUUUAUGAUUUUUUUUCUUCUGUUUUUUAUAUGUUUUCUAACGUUUCUAUCCAGGGUAACACUACUGUGCCUGUUUAAACAGAAAAACAACAAAAAAGUAUAUUAAAUGUUCAAAAUGGGAUCUGGAAGAUUUGCAGCAUGAUUAUUGUAUAUGUAUAUUUUUAAAUCGACUGACUUGUCAAAUUCUAUAUAAUGGGCCUUUUUCUGUGCUGGUCUCUUCUAUUUUUGUCACUCUUUCACUGGGAUUGUUCUAAUAGCUAUAAUAUAUAAAUAUAUAUGACACAGACAUGCAAAAAAAUCUCAUGCAAAGCUGGAAAGAAUAAAGAAGGUGUUAGAAUGUCUUUUCAACAUGAUUCAAAGGGAAUCAUCUGAUCUGAAUGGACUCUUGUCUUCCUGCUGGGUGGUUUCAGCUGCUGGUGGCUCCUCCCACAUUCUACUUUGGUGUGUGGACACUCAUCUCGACCUGAAGAUAGAUUGAUUCUAGGAAUGAUUCUCCCACUUUGUUUCUCUUCCUUUUUAGAAAUCAGGAGGAGUGAUCAAACUUUUUUCUUUUUCUCAGUUUUCCUGGAAACAAACUGUGAAAUUAGUGAAUUAGGCUUUUUUUUCCCCGUGGCUGAUGCAGAUUUCUAGUUUUUCUUAAAAGGUCUGACCUUCCAAUUUUUAAUUUUCACACGUUUUUUUUACCCCCAAUGUUCUGGAAACUGUGCUGUUGACUGUCUAGUGGGAUGCUAGUUUUGAAUCCAACAAGAUUAUCUCCAUUUGUACGUCAAUGCAAAUGUCUAGGAGAUCUUAGAUCCAGGGGAAAAUAUUAAUUUUUGGAGCAUUUUUAAUAAACUGAGAAACAAAAUUCUUUUUCUUUUUCUUUUUUUUUUUUGGACCCGCCAAUCUGAGCUGAAAUCCCCAAAUUCUGAUGAUUUUUGUCAAAAAUACAAUUUAAGCAUUUCCAUCGUUUUCACUGAAGUACUGGUGAAUAGGAAUCAUUUCACAAAAUAAACCUAACAUGAAAAUUUAAAUCACAGCCUGAUUCCCUGAAUGAGAAAAUCAGGCUGUGGCUGAAAAUAUACCAAAAUAUCCACACACGCAACUCAAGAAAAAUAUCUUGUGACUUUCAGUUCAAAGAGCAAGAUUACCCACUUCCACUAAAUUAAUACAACUUAUUGAUAUAUUUAUAACGGAACCCAUAGAAUUUGACUAUUUUUGUGACCAGAAAUGUUUCCAGAGGUGAGAAAGUUUUUUCAGCCAGCUGGCCAGCAGUGGUGAAAAGUUUACUGUCUUUACAAUGAACUGGGCCAUGCCUAAUGAAAAGGUCUAAAUAAAGAAAAUUCUAGAUUCCUGCGAAUUACUUUAUAAUCCUCCUCCACUGCUGUUCAAAUGUCAGAUUUACAUGAUGGCAAAUGUUUGCAAAAACUUUUUCUUUUAGUAAAAUUUGUGAGUCCAAUCUUGGAAAUAGAAAAUCCAGACCCAUGUAAUCAGAUAUUGAGUUAUUUUGCUCCAAAUACUCAUGGUGUGAUUUUUAAUCUUUAUCAUUCUCAAGUAAAAUGUUUCUUCUUGUAAAAUUUCACAGCUGUCUUAAAGUGUUACUUUUUGAAUUCAAAAUUAUGUUCUCCGGAGUGCUUUGACCAAAUGAAAUCUGACCCCACAGUUCAGCCAUGCAAUGCAAAAAUCCCUGCCAGUAAACUAUUUUUUUUUUUGCAACACAUCUGGAAAAAGAAUAAGAAUAUGACUUGGAAAAGAGAAUCUGUGAUUUUUGGGGUGAAUUAUUCCGCAGCUCUAAUUUAUUGCUGGAACAGAAAACUAACUUCCACUUGUUAUACAUUCCACUGUUUGACACAAGGAAAAUAAGCAAUCUGCACCUUCUAUUGUCAUGUUCCAACAAAUUCUGUUUACAGAAGUUGUAUCUUUGCAUGAGCUGAGAUUCUUUGCARAAAUUAAUAAAUAUCAUCUUUAUUUCCUGUC